ACCCAGCCAUCGGACGGAUCGCAGGACGAGUACAGGAGUCAGCAAGUCGCAACGCGAAGGCGCCCGAUCACAUCGCUGUCAAACAUGAAAGCAAUAAGCCCCGUGAGGUCUUUCAGGAAAAGCAGCGCGAGCCUGUCGGAGCACAGCCUGGGCAUCUCCCGGAGCAAGACGCCCGUGGACGACCCCCUGAGCCUGCUCUACAACAUGAACGACUGCUACUCGAAGCUGAAGGAGCUCGUGCCCAGCAUCCCGCAGGACAAGAGCGUGAGCAAGAUGGAAAUCCUGCAGCACGUCAUCGACUAUAUCCUGGACCUGCAGCUCGCGCUCGACUCGCACCCCGCCAUCAGUAGCCUGCACCACCAGCGGCAGGGGCAGAAGACGUCCAGCAGGACCCCCCUGACCACCCUCAACACGGACAUCAGCAUCCUCUCACUACAGUCUGCCGAGUUUCCAACAGAAAGGAGCACAGAUGACAGCAAGACGCUCUACCGCUAAACUGACGAUGCUGCAAGUAAGGUGAGGGGCAAAGAGAUGUAGGUAUAUGUUAAGGAAAAUUUAUAUUACUCAACUACGUGCCCUCACCACUGCGGUACGUUAAAGUCAUGGUGAUGCUCGUUUUCAUUAAAAUAAAAUGAAAUGACAUGACAUGACGGAACCUUGACGCCUCGUGCAGUUCUGCAGAAAGUGAGAUGUCAGUGCUGCUGGCAUGAAUGACUGCUCAUUAAUAACUGCACGAGCAGAUGUGCAGUAAAAGUGCACCCUGUCCCAGAUGCUCACGGUUUGCUCCCGGUUUAGCCGAGGUUUCAGCGUUUGGUUCAAUGUUCAAACUGCGGCUUCCUCUGUGGCGCCAGUCUGUCCGGAUCUCUGCCCUGUUUGCAUGUUCAACACACGCCUCUCUUUCUCAAUCUCUUGCAGGUGUUUGGUUUAGGCACAAAAAAACAGAAAAGGAAAGGAAAAAAACCAGGACCUGGGAACUGACACCCCCCCUCCCCCCCUCUUAUUUUUGUUCUCGGUCUGGAUUUCUUCUGUAAUUCAAUCAAGAGACUUUAAACGGACAAUCUAUGUAAUAUGUUAAGAGUUCGGACAAUUUAUAGUUAUUUAUCUAUAGACUUUUGUUUCUGUCCUUUCUUCAAACGGAAGGCUUGAUAUAUUCCCGACAGUGGGAGUAAAAAAAGAAGAGAAAAAAAAAAAGAAGAUUAUUGUGAAGACCCUCUCCCUUUCCCCAAGACAAGUCUUUGCUUUUUUUGCGAAGGUGGAGUGACUAGAAGACAAGCUGGUUAGUUACUGUACAAAGUUUAGUCUGUCUUGUCAGAGUUGUUACUUUUUUGGCACAUGAAGGACUGGACGUCAUAAAAAAAGGAGGAAAAAAAAAAAUUUUUAAUUGAACGACCUUGUGAAAUGAACUUUGCAAUGGGAGUUUUAACUUGUUAUAGAUGCAGAGAUUGCAAAUUUCUGCACAAUAUGUAAUGCUGUACAUAAUUAUGCUGAAACUUUUUAUAAAAGUAAUUGUAAAUUGUACCUUUUUAUACAAAAAUAAAUCAAAUACUUUA